UCUGUGAGUGUGUCUGUCUGUGCAUCUAAGUGUGUCUGUGUGUCUGUGUCUGUGUGUUGUGUGUGUGUCUUGUGUGUGUCUGUGUCUGUGCGUGUGUGUCUGUGUGCCUACGUAUCUGUGUGUUACAUGUGUGCCUUGUGUGUAUGUCUGUGCGUGUGUGUCCGUGUGUGUGCCUGUGUGUGUGCCUGUGUGUCUGUGUGUGUUGCCACUGAGCCAAGACGUUGAAGCACGCUGUGGGCCUUGUUGCUGGCAGAGUGGCUGGCCUGCCACACUUCAGGAGAGAGCACUCUCAGGAAUGGCCCGGGGAGGGAGUUGCACAGUCCCUGACACAGUUGAGAAGCAGCCCGGGGUGGGGAGCUUGGGAAGAGCAGAGGGGAGGAGCAGAGCGUGAAUGUGGAAGGCCUGGAUGGUUUCAUUUCCAGCCGGAGGAUCAAAACGCCGUGGACACUGGGGAGCUCAGGAGAGGUGGACGAGGAGGCGUCUCCGGGAGACAGUCUUGGCACACCCUCGUUGGCUGCUGUCAGAGAGAAUAAUCUCGGUCCCGAGCCCUCUGUGUUUGCCUGUGGAUGCGUCUGUGCUCAGGGUGAAGCAGGUUCUCAGAGACAGCCCCUCGGACCAUGCCUCUCCGAAGGCCAGCUUCUGCUCACAGCCUCCCGAGAAGACGGAUGCACCUUUCUUCACAGGGGACAUCUUCUCCCUGAGGCAGAGAUGGGAUAGUUUCUGUGACCUGCCCUCCGGAGUAGCUGGGCUGAAGAGUCUACCGAGUGAAGCCAUGUAACCGCCCCUGGGAGAGAAGCUGAGGCCUGUAGUGGGGGGGAGGGGCGAGGACUUACCCCUUCCCCCCCAGACUCCUCCCCUUCAGAGUUUGCCCGAGCCCAGGAUUUUGGACCCGGAGGAGAGAGCUGCGCCUUGUUUUGGUCUGUCUGAUGUCAGAUUCUCAAUUUUGGAAGCGAAGUACUGACUGGGAGUUGUGACGAUUUCCAGGGGAACAGCAAAGCAAAAAGGUGCAGGCUGCUCCCUGAAGCCAGCUUGGAGGCGGCGGCGUCCUGAGCAGUGCAGGUGGCUGGGCCCCGUGGCGUGCGUCCCCCGGCGGGGGCAGGAUGCUGAAGAAGCAGUCGGCAGGCCUGGUGCUGUGGGGCGCCGUCCUCUUCGUGGCCUGGAACGCCCUCCUGUUGCUGUUCUUCUGGACGCGCCCCCCGCCCGGCCCGCUGCCCGCCAGGGGCUCGCUGGACGGCGACCCGGCCGGCCUGGCCGAGGAGCUGAUCCGACUGACCCAGGAGGCUGAGCUGGAGCUGGAGCAGCAGCGGAGCCUCCUGCGGCAGAUCCACGAGCAGCACGUGCGCUGGGGCCAGCAGCGGCGCCCGGCGCCCAGCCCUGCGCUGCCGGCCGCCCCUGAGACGGCGCCGCCCGCCGUGCUGCCCAUCCUGGUCAUCGCCUGCGACCGCAGCACGGUGCGCCGCUGCCUGGACAAGCUGCUGCACUACCGGCCGUCGGCUGAGCGCUUCCCCAUCAUCGUCAGCCAGGACUGCGGGCACGAGGAGACGGCGCGCGUCAUCGCCUCCUACGGCGGCGCCAUCACGCACCUGCGCCAGCCCGACCUCAGCGCCAUCCCCGUGCCGCCCGACCACCGCAAGUUCCAGGGCUACUACAAGAUCGCGCGCCACUACCGCUGGGCGCUGGGCCAGGUCUUCCAUGCGCGCCGCUUCCGCGCGGCCGUGGUGGUGGAGGACGACCUGGAGGUGGCCCCCGACUUCUUCGAGUACUUCCAGGCCACCUACCCGCUGCUGCGCGCCGACCCCUCGCUCUGGUGCGUGUCGGCCUGGAACGACAACGGUAAGGAGCAGAUGGUGGACGCGGGCCGGCCCGAGCUGCUCUACCGCACCGACUUCUUCCCGGGCCUGGGCUGGCUGCUGCUGGCCGAGCUCUGGGCCGAGCUGGAGCCCAAGUGGCCCAAGGCCUUCUGGGACGACUGGAUGCGGCGGCCAGAGCAGCGCCAGGGCCGUGCCUGCCUGCGGCCCGAGGUGUCCAGGACCAUGACCUUCGGCCGCCGGGGCGUCAGCCACGGGCAGUUUUUCGACCAGCACCUCAAGUUCAUCAAGCUGAACCAGCACUUCGUGCCCUUCACGCAGCUGGACCUGUCCUACCUGCAGCGGGACGCCUACGACCGGGACUUCCUGGCCCGGGUCUACGGGGCCCCGCAACUGCAGGUGGAGGCGGUGCGGGCCAGCGAGCGCCAGGAGCUGGGCGAGGUGCGCGUGCAGUACACCAGCAGGGACAGCUUCAAGGCCUUCGCCAAGGCCCUGGGCGUCAUGGACGACCUCAAGUCCGGGGUGCCCAGGGCCGGCUACCGGGGCAUUGUCAGCUUCCUGUUCCGUGGCCGGAGGGUCCACCUGGCACCCCCGCAGACCUGGACGGGAUACGACCCCAGCUGGAACUAGCUGCCUGUACUCCCCCCCACCACCUCCCUUGCCUUGGCAUGGGUGGGCCACAGAAGCAGAACCGUGUGCCCCCAUGGGUCCAUUGAUUUUUUUUUCUUUCUUUCUUUUUUUAAUUCCUGCAGUGGCAUUCGAGUGCACAGAUGAGAAAGUGAGGGUUCUUCUCCAUUCUCACAGGCUGGGGGGCGGUGUCAGAUCAGGACUCCUUUCUGAAGGACACUAGGAGGGCUGGGCUGAGGAGACCACUGUGUGGUCCAGGAGAUGCCUGAGCAGGUUGGAGUGCAAACUGCAAGUCUCCUUUUGGGGCGGACACAGAGAGGUUGGCCAUUUUAAUUCGUGGCCACCAGGCCCCUUGCCUUUCCUCAGCCUGGGCCUGAGCUCCCCCCCACACCAGAGCUUUCCCUGAUUAGGGGCUGGAAGGCAGUGUUCCUGAGAAGCUGCGUGUGACCGCAGCGAGUCAGACCGAAUUUCAGAAGUGUUGUGGGCCUGGUGGUCAUCAGGGUUUACUUUCCAUGUUUUUCCACAUUUUUCCUGACCUCGUCUCAUCCUUCGCAGCCCAGAAGUUUGAGAUUCAAAGAGGGUAAAUAUAGGGAAGGACAAGCUCAGCCUCUCAGCUGGCUUCCAAGAGCAGGAGGAGAGGUUUUGAGGAGGGGGACGCCUUGAUGUGCGUGUCUUUGUGCGUGUGCACACGGGCGGUGACCCAGGGGCCACCUGGCCACAUCUCCCUGUCUCUGCACCUGGUCCCAUUGUUCUGGGAGGGCUCCCUUCGGGCUCAGUGGGAGAGAGGUGAGGUGUCCACCUGGGUCAGCCUCCUGCCCUGCCAACACUCCCCCCACCUCACCCCCCCACAGUCCAGUCUGCCCAGCUGCCCAGAUUGGGUCCAGGUGGCCGUUCCGCAAGGCAAUGGGUAUGUUCUGGUUUCCUUCCUAACCUCAGUUCACGGGAGAAAGGUGAAGCUACAGAAUUAUUUUCAAAAAUAAAGGCCUCAGUUGUCUGCAAGA